AUGCUGCCGCCAGCCGAUCGUCUCGCUCUGGAGAUUUUCGCCGAAGACCUAGACCCGGACGUAGAGGCAAGUGACGAGCUUGCUUCCCUUCUCGAACCUUAUACGAUGCAUAGGCGCGUUAGCGAGAUAGGUCAGUCCGAUCUCGAGCCCACCCAGAGUGCGGUCGCAUCGCGCCGCUUCAGCAAUGUUACUUUGCCUAACAGUCAGGAAGUGGAGGAGGACGAAGAGGCAGAAGACAGGGACGAAGGGGACGAGGAGGAAGAGGAGGGCGAAGAGGAUACGGGCGCCGGCGCCGAGGAGGAGGAGGAGGAGGGCGAGGAGGAGGAGGAGGAGGGCAAGGAGGAUACGGGUGCUGGCGCAGAGGAGGCGUGCAGCCCUGCUGUACAAUCCCUAAAUCCACCGCCCUCGAACCAGCAAGCCUUAUUCCUUUCCCAGGCGAAUAAAGAGUGCCCUAAUCAUAAGCGCAGCAGUGCGUUAUACGGUUCUGUUCCCCAGGACCUUUCGCAGUGGUCAGAGGAAGAUGUAGUUGCGUGA